AUGACAACUUCUCCUACAAGGACAAAACAAAAACUAUCUUUACGUAAACGCCUAUUUGUUAAAAAGUCACCAAAAGUUGGCUGCUAUGUUGAUACCGAUUCCAAUGACGAAUUUAGUCAAACUCCUUCCCGACCUAUGUCCCCCGCAGAUCCUUUCCUAGCACAGAGUGCACAAAACAGUGACUCUAACAUAGAAAAUACCACAAACAGAAAAAAUUCUGAUUCUGAACUUACUGUAAGCAACAUUCAACAUUGCAAUGAUCGCUACAGUAAUGAAGAUGACAACAACCCUAAAUGUUGCAAAAAGUUUUUUAGAAAAUCUCGUCCGAAAAGCUUACUAGAAAGACCUGGUCUUAAGGCGAGAUCAAAUUCCAAACCAACAAGUCCAGUAAACAAUUCAAACAACAGUUUGAGUGAUCACUCCAUAUCUGGUUCUCAAACCAAAUCUGAGGAAAUUCCGAAAGCUACUGUCAUUUUCCCUAAAAGUGAUGAUGACAAAAAAUAUUUUGAACAAACAACUUCACUUGAAGGCAUUAAAGCUAAAAGUAAAUUAUUUGUUAAACGUUUAUCAGCUGAUCAUUUGAUAUCUAAUGAAACUCGGGCUCCGUAUCGUUCUUCUUCACCUGAGAGUGACAGAAGCAGUUCUCUGGACCGUAAAAGAAGGACUAAAUCAACCAUCACUCGGUCAGCUUCACAUGCUGGCAGCACAGACAGCUUGGCUCGCAACUCACUACUUGCUGCACAAGUGCUGCGACUCAUACCUACGCAGGAGGCUAGGGAAAGAAACUACCUAUGUGGAAGAUUGGCAUCCCAUUCUUUGCUGGGAGCAGCUGAAUUAGAACAUGUUUUUCCAGACAGAGAAGUGAAGAUAUUUAUAGGGACAUGGAACAUGAAUGGACAGCCACCACCAAGAGAGUUGGCAGACUUUAUUUUCCCUAGUCAAGUGAAACAUGUGCCAGAUAUCUUUGCAAUAGGCACACAAGAGUCUUAUUCAGAACGUACAGAGUGGGAAAUUACUAUCCAAGAGGUAUUGGGACCAUCACAUUUGUUACUACAUUCUUAUUAUCUGGGAACAAUUCACUUAACAGUAUUUAUAAGAAGAGAUUUAAUUUGGUAUUGUUCACUGCCAGAAGAUGCAAGUCUCUCAGUUCGUCCCGGGACUGCAUUUAGAACUAAAGGCGCUGUGGCAAUUUCCUUUGCGUUAUUUGGAUCAACCUUCUUGUUCGUUACGGCGCACCUUACGGCCCACCAAGAAAAAGUUAAGGAAAGAGUAUCUGAUAUCAAAAGGAUAAUUAGAUCAAUUGAUUUACCAAAAAAUUUACCAUGUAGACAUAGAAGUAAAGACGUAACUAAUAAUUUCGACUAUGUUUUCUGGUGCGGGGACCUAAACUUUCGAUUAGGAGAGCCCCGAGCGGCUGUCUUACGCUGGAUUGAACAAACUGAAUUUCCGCUUCCUCCAUAUCUUCCUCACGGGCUACUACACGCCGAUCAGUUGACAGCCGUUUUAGAAGAUGGGGCAGCUUUUCGAGAUUUUCGUGAGGCCCCUAUUACCUUUCCUCCCACUUACAAGUACGACCCCGGCAGUCAACAAUUCGACACGUCGAGUAAACAGCGUGCGCCAGCGUAUACCGAUAGAAUUCUGUACAAGGCCAGAUCGAUGACAACUAGCUCUUCUUCAGCAUUCUCCGGGUUGCGUCGCACGAAUAACGAGCCAGUGAAUUUCGGUGUGAAGUGUUUGGCUUACAACUCGGUGCAGUCCGUUUGCACGAGUGACCACAAGCCCGUUUGGGCACUAUUCUCCGCCGCAUUGCGUCCCGGCACAGACAUAGUCCCAUUAGCAGCUGGUCUGUUCAAUCGGGAAGUGUAUCUUGAAGGUAUAAAACGGCGACGUGCUUUACUCGACCACGCGCCAGGGACGUCAGCCAUAUGCAGUUUACAAUAG